AUGACGGAUGGCCUGUCCAUGUCCAAUGGAGGAAAAGGCCCGGUGGUUCUGGGUGUCACCUGGGCGGAAAUGGGAUUGGCCUUUAUUCUGAUUAUCCUUCGGGCUAAAACAGCCUCGGUUUGUCCCUCACGUCAGCUAUCGUCGGGUUUGUAUGGGUUACGAUGGGAUUUCGUGUGGGUGAUUAUUGCCUUUACUGUUGCUCUGGCUGCCCAGAUAACCAUGACAGUGAGUGUCCAUUACGGACUCGGCACUCACCAGAGUCUACUUCCACCCGAUCAAAUUGUCAACACAAAUCUGUGGAGCUGGAUUGCGCAGGUGAUCGCCAUUUUGGAUUUGGUUAUCGCACGCAUCGCGGUUAUCGCUUUUCUACUCACCAUACAAAGCGGCACGAGAAGCAAGGGCAGAUACCUUCUUUACGCCGUGGGCGCAACGCAAGCCAUCAUCAAUGUGAUCGAGGUUGGCUUGAUCUUCAAACAAUGCACUCCAACGGAGAAGCUGUGGGAUAGCAACCGACCAGGAACAUGCGAUGGGAUAGUCAUUUGUUCCCAGGUGGGAUUUGCUCAAGGAAGCAUUGGAGCCUUUUCUGACUUUUUCUUGGCCGGAUAUCCGGUCUACGUCAUUGGAAGACUUCAAGUGAUGAAAUUAUCGACGAAAAUCGGACUUUGUCUAAUCAUGGGAGGUGGACUAAUAGCAGGAAUCGCUGGAAUCAACAAAACCAUCGCGAUCGCCUCUAUCACCAAAACUGACGACUUGACUUACGCCAUCUACAAACUGAAUACUUGGGUCUUGACCGAAAUGUGGUUUAUCAUUAUCUUUGGCUCUAUCCCUACGCUCCGUCUUUUCUUUAUCAAAUUCACCCAGGAUCUGAAGAGCGCCACCGGGUUCUCGUCGCGGAGUUCUGGAAAGCGAUCCACCGGGGGCUAUAUGAGCGACAGGGAACCUCGCCAGUCAUGGGUUGAAUUGAAUGACCGCGCACCAGGCUCCUGGAAUCCACAUGUAACCGCCGUCACAAGUGCAACCCACGAUAGCGAGGAUGCCCAGAGAACAGAGGAAAACGAACCGAAUGACCAGCAGAUAUUGGUCACAAAAAACACAGUUGUCUCUGAAGAGUAUCAAGUGAGACCGUGA